AGCUUACACAAAAUGUAUACCGUCCUGGUUUCGUCUAUCGCUCUAAUUUUUCGGUGGUAACAUACAGUUAUUAUGGAGUUUUCAGUUUCAAACGAGUCUUGCCGUGUUUGUCUUCGCAAAACACCAACUGGAAAGUAUCUAUUGGAGCCAGUAAAAGGAAAGGAGCAUACAGAACAACGCACCCUGCUAAGUUUGUACAAUCUUUGCACCGGUUUCACUGAUCCCCCAUGGACGCAGGAACAUGAAACAAACACGUUCUUUCCGCAAAAGAUAUGUGCCGCAUGCGAGCAGCUUUUGCUAACCACCUACGAGUUCGGCAAGCUUAGUAAAAAAUCGGAGAAAGUGUUACAGCACAUUUUGCUCUUCUACAACGAUGACGAAUCGUCGUGUAUCGUGCUGGAGGAGUCAAAUCGGGAUGAUCAAUUGCAGGAGCAUUGUGUUGACGAGAGCAUUGAGGAAUACGAACAACAUCAUGCACGAGAUCAGGAAGCGGCAGAAAUAGUCGAUGAUAGAGGAUUGGAGCUAUUGCAAGAAGCGGCUUUGCUGAGCCUCAAAAAGGAAACAGAAACUAGUGUAUGCAUAUCGGCCCAGGAAGAAUGUCCGGAAUAUGACGCCCAGCCAAAAGAAUAUGAUUCAGUUGAGCUAUUUCUAAAGGAAGAAACAGUGUUGGAAGAAUGCAACGAGCAGCCCGAUCUUGAUGAGUUCAUUGAUUUUGAAUCACUUGUCGACGAAGAUGAGGAAGAGGAACCGAAUGGAGGUGAGGUAUUUUAUGAAUCAAGAAACCCGUCCUUACCGAAUCAUGUCGAUUGUCCGGAUUGUGGGAAGCUUGUUUCCACCUCGUACCUAUCCAAACAUCGUGAUACGCACCAAGCGUUACAUCGGUUUGAAUGUGAUGUGUGUAAGAUGCGAUUUACUUUUCUGGAAAACUUGACCAAACACAAACGUAUACAUGAAAAUGAUAAACGCUACGAGUGUCCGUACUGCCAAGAACUGUUCCUACACUGGACGUCGAGACGGUAUCACAUUGAGCGGGUCCAUACGAAGGAAAAACGGUUUGCCUGUGAAUAUUGUGGCGCCAAGUUCCGGCAAUCAUCGCACUAUCAGAUACACUUAAGGCGCCACACCGGAUCCACUCCUUAUCCAUGUUCAAUGUGCGAAAAAUCGUUCGUGACGAGUAGCUCUCGGAAGGAACAUAUGCGAUCGCACAGUGACAAGAAGGAGUUUCAGUGCAAGCAUUGCAGGAAGCGAUAUAAAACUUCAAAAUCCUUGCAAGUUCACAUGAAAACACACAGCAACUUGAAGGAAUAUGUUUGCAGCGAAUGCGAGAAAGCGUUUACCCAGAACCAUUCCUUACGGACGCACCAGAUGAAUGAGCAUCCAGGAUUGAUAUUGCCUCCGCCCGGUACGGUUAUGAAUAUAAGAGUAAUCAAUCGUCUGCGAAGCGAAGAGCCACUAUGAAUAAAGACUUUUUACA